AAGAUUUUGGCAUAUGAAUAAGAUGUUGAAUCUAACUUUCCUAUCAAUAGAAUCUACAGUCUUGUUUGAAGAAAGAAAAAUUAAACUUCUGUCAGUUGUAGCUAUCUUCUCUCUAAUAAGUUGCCCAAAAAAAAGAAGCUAUCUUGUCUCUACCUCCCAACCUCAAGCUCCCUGUUAUCUCAGUGGAAUCAUACCGUCAAACUGGUUUUAUGAUUUUAAUUAUGACUAGUCCAUUUUAUUGAAUAGCAUUUUUCUACAAUGGAGGAUAUAAAUUUUAAUAUUUUUAGUUUUUAUUGCUGAGCUAACAGUGGAUCAUAAUACUAACCUAAGAAGUCUACAUACCAUUAUUAUUUUCUUGCAUGGUCACACUAUUGUAGUUUAAUAUAGAUCAGACGUUUCAUUUCCAUAUAUACAAGCAAUCGCCAAAAAUGUAAGUACAGAAUCAACUUGAGCAAUUCAUAUAUACACGUACCCAAAUGAAAUUAUUAUAGAAAAAUACUCUUGAAAUCGGAACCAAUUUACAUUAUCAACUUUAAUAGCUGUAAUAAAUGGGCAUGAUAAAAUUACACCCUGGUUAAUUUGUUUUUGUUUUCAACGACAACUUCUUUAAACAAAACUUCUACGAAAUAUGCGUGGGUCUUAUAGCUAAAUCAUCUAAUGAAGUAUCAUAUAAAAACAUCCUCAACAGUCAACUCCAAUGUUGCUUUCUACAAAGUCACUUUUUUCCUUCUAAUCUUUCAUACUUUUUUCAUAUUGUAGAAUAAGUACUAUAUAUUUUUAGGAAAUUAAGAACGAGUCUUUGCAUUGUAUUUACUUAACUCCAUGUUGAUUUACAUUUAAUCGGAUGAUGUCUCUUUUAUUUUCUUCUUAGUACACUUGCUAAUAUCUCACGCGUUAAAUCCUACUGUUUUGUGUCGUUGACAAAUAUUGAAUCAAACAUAUUAGUAACACGGUAUGUGUAAUUAAAACUAUAGUCUAAUCUCAAAUAACUCAAGAAAACUUCAAAAGAUCUAAUUCUUAGAAGAAGUAUAGGUUUAGAUAUAUAAAACUAAGCAUCAUAUACAGUUUACUAAUAUACAAAAACUAUCUUUUCUGAUCUGUAUAAACACAAGCUAGCUAUUUCCAACACUUGCAAUCACCCAAUCACCAUACGAAAUACUAGUCAUGUAACUGAAUAAAAAGAUAUCUACCUAUAAAUUUUCAAGUAGCUAAAAUAAAACUAGAAUUGUAAAAUAAAUACUCUAACAUCACCUAGCUAGCUACAUUGAUUAUCGGGUUUCAGCAUAUAUAUCGUACGUAUAUAAUUAACAAUAACUCAAUAAGGCACCGGAAUGUUUCAAAGUAGUUGGUACUUACGCCUUUUGGAUUUUAUAAUUUUAUAUAUCGAUUUAUCUGUCUUUACUUAAAUACAUUUGACUGGCCUAUUUUUUAUUCACUGUUCGUUUGGCGUAUAUAUAUAGUAAUGCUUGAUCUUAGAUGUCUCAUAAUAAGCCAUCCCAAAAUUACGUACUUACCACUAAAACAAGAUGAAGAUUGCCAAGUUUUCUGUUCUUCUCCUAAUUUUAUACAUCUUUCCAGUCGCUUUUUCGCAACUGAGAGUCGGAUUUUACAGCCAAUCCUGCCCUAAUGCAGAAAUUAUAGUACAGAACCUAGUCCGCGAGCGGUUUGGUCUUGACCCUUCAAUCACAGCUGCCUUGACUAGGAUGCAUUUUCAUGACUGUUUUGUUCAGGGCUGCGACGCUUCUCUCCUUAUAGACCCAACGACGACUCAACCAUCACCGGAAAAGAACGCCGGGCCAAACGGCAGCGUGAGAGGGUACGAACUGAUCGACGAGAUCAAGACGGCUCUGGAGGCUCAAUGUCCCUCCAAGGUCUCUUGCUCAGAUAUAGUCACGCUCGCCACACGUGACUCGGUCUUCUUUGGUGGAGGACCAAGCUACGUGGUCCCAACCGGACGACGUGAUGGCUUUGUUUCGAACUCUGAAGACGCCGAAGGGAUCCUCCCGGGACCAGGCCUCCCAGUCCCAGAUAUGCUAACGUUCUUUGGGAAUAAAGGGAUGGAUGUUUUUGAUGCAGUGGCUCUUUUGGGUGCUCACACGGUUGGAAUAGGAUCUUGUGGUAAUUUUGUGGAUCGACUCACCAAUUUUCAAGGAACCGGACAGCCUGAUCCCACUAUGGACCCCGGUUUGGCUGGCAGGCUAAGGAACACAUGUUCAGCUGGAGGCAGCCAAUUUGCAGCUCUGGACCAGUCGACACCAUUUGCCCCAUUCUCAUUUGACAACUUGUUUUACACUCAGAUCAGAGAGAGGAAAGGAGUUUUACUACUUGAUCAUCUGCUCGCGACACACCCAUCCACUUCCGGUGUUGUGUUUCAAUAUGCGGCCAACAACGAACUAUUCAAACGCCAGUUCGCAAUCGCAAUGGUGAAAAUGGGAAGCGUUGACGUCCUGACCGGGUUCGCUGGUGAGAUCAGGAGGAACUGUAGAGCUUUCAACUAAUGCCUCAUUAACUCGUUUCCAAGUCUGAUUCUUGAAUUGUGAAUGGUGAUUACUUGUUUACAUAAUAAUUAUAUGUACAUGUCUAUCUUCUAAAUAAGAUUUUGUGAAGGGAUCUGAUAACAAUAACAUGACUGAUUUAAGUCAAGACAUAUUCUCCCCUAGCUAGAACAACUACAGCUUUGUUGUUUAAUGCAUUUCGUCUAUAAAAGUUUUAGUCGUAUGGGGGUUUAUGAAGACGGCCAGGCAGCAGUGAUAAGCAACUUGUUUUUUGACCUAACGUGGGAAAGAAGUUACUACUUUAUUUUAUUACAGCUACAAUGUACAGUCUAGGCCUUGUCUUGUAUUUAUCUUUCCCACUCUAGUCCAUCCAUAAACGAACACAAAGUAACCUUUAACAUUAACCUUGUCCUCACUACCAAAACAAUUACGUGAAACAGAACUUUUGUCACCGAAUUUAUCAACUAGAGAAGAAGAUGAUGAACCUGGGAAAGAAGUUACUAAUUUGUCACCGAAUUUAUCAACUAGAGAAGAAGAUGAUGAACCUGCAGAGUCUUUUUGGAUCAUGUGUUGAAAACAAAACUCGCUUAGAAAAGGAGAGCAUACAAUGUAAUAUUGGAAGUGAGAACCAGCUUACCAGCUCGGUGUCUCUGAGAAACGAACGCAGAAGUGAAGUAAUUGCUACCAUUAAGAUCAUCUACAAAGCUAUUAUAUUUUUCCAAAAUGAUGUUAUUUUUGUUUAUAAAGUGAUGUAUCACUUUUAUAUGUUUUUCCAAAAUGAUGUUAUUUUUCUUUAUAAAUUGAUGUAUCACUUUUAUAUGUUUUCAGUUUCUACCUAAAUAAUAUUAUAUUAGAAUUUUUUACAUUUAAAUAUAGUGUAUAUAGUUUUUUAUUUAUGUGCUGUAAUAAAAAAUUAAUUUUAAAAUAAUAAUUUAUUUUUAAUAAUGUCAUAAAUUUAUUGGUAUUUUUUUACAAGAUAAAUUAAAAGUUACAUUUUAACAUUUAAAAAAUUAUAAAUUGUGCAAUAAAUUAAUAAAGAAA